GGUGGAAACACAGCAAAGUAUAGUGACGUAGAGGAGAGAUUCUAAUUAAAUAUCGAUUCAUACAGUUGUAUCGAUCAAAUACCAAUACAGCGUUGGCAUCGAUACUGUCGAUAUUUGAUCGAUCCGCCCCCCCUACCUGAUGAUCAUCACAGAGACUCGUCACGUCACGGAUCCGCAGCGACCGAUAGAGAUGCUGAGGUGACAGGCAGAAGGAGAAAAGGGACGACCAUACUCAGACAUAUUUCACCCUCCGCUCGUUCAUUUCUAACCACCGCUGCCACCUUUUUUUCAUGGACGGUUUGCUCGCUAUGGGAUUCCGCUCAUUGUCGUUCCCGCCGCCUCCGAACGUAGAGGAUAUUUGGUAACCACACCCGGCUCUUCUUUGGAUCAAGGAUUGGCAGCAAAAGACCCGAGAAUUAGAAUCAGAAAAGGAUUAAUUGCCAAGGUUCUCCACCAAGGCCCAAAUGCCCGUCCCAGUCUGAGGCCUGCUGGUCGAGGGGGAAGCAGUAAGGACAGCGUCCCUGGCCUUGAGACGGGAUGAGCGGGGGUGUGGAGCAAGUUGACAUCCUAAGCGUGCUCUCCCUGGUAAAGGAACGAUGGAAAGUGGUGAAGAAGAUUGGGGGUGGCGGGUUUGGGGAGAUCUACGAAGCGGUAGACUUGCUGACGCGGGUCAGCGUGGCACUGAAGGUAGAGUCUGCCCAGCAGCCCAAACAGGUGCUCAAGAUGGAGGUCGCCGUGCUCAAGAAGCUCCAGGGUAAAGACCACGUAUGUCGCUUUGUGGGAUGUGGCCGCAACGACCGCUUUAACUACGUGGUGAUGGAGCUUCAGGGUCGGAACCUGGCUGACCUGAGGAGGAGUAUGACCCGGGGAACCUUCAGCAUCAGCACCACCCUACGUCUGGGACGGCAGAUCCUGGAGGCCAUAGAGAGCAUCCACUCUGUCGGCUUCCUGCAUCGUGACAUCAAACCCUCCAAUUUCGCAAUGGGCCGCUUCCCAAGUACCUGUCGAACCUGCUACAUGCUGGACUUUGGUUUAGCUCGUCAGUUCACCAACUCUUGCCAGGAGGUCCGACCUCCACGCCCAGUGGCAGGGUUCAGGGGAACAGUCCGCUAUGCAUCUGUCAAUGCACACAAGAAUAAGGAGAUGGGUCGUCACGAUGAUCUGUGGUCUCUCUUCUACAUGCUGGUGGAGUUUCUGGUCGGUCAGUUGCCGUGGAGGAAGAUCAAGGACAAAGAACAUGUGGGGAAGCUGAAGGAUACUUACGACCAUCGUCUGAUGCUCAAACACCUGCCGGCAGAGUUUGGCGUGUUCUUGGAACACAUCUCCAGCCUCGACUACUUCACUAAGCCUGACUACCAGCUGCUGAUGUCAGUGUUUGACAACAGCAUGAAGACCUAUAAUGUUGUGGAGAAUGACCCUUAUGACUGGGAGCGGACCGGCACUGAUGGCACUUUGACAAUCAGUGCCAGUGCCACAACACCACAACACCACACCCGCCUCACUCCGGCACACAUGGGUAUGGCGAAUGCCUCACUGAUCCCUGGCGACCUGAUGAGGGAAAACACAGACGAGGUUCUGCAGGAUGAGCAGCUCAGCGACGUGGAGAACAACCCCGCUCCGGAGCGCCUGCCGGGCUCGCCACUCCACCCACACCGCAACCAAGAGGCUGAUGUUUGGGAGGAGCUGGACCGCAAUCGUAACCGCAUCAGGACGGCAGUCUGGAAGGCGGAAGAGGAACACAGCAACAACCAGGGCAACCACGGACACCAGAGCCCCUAUGCUGGGCCAAGCCUGGGUUCCCCAGUCAAACUGCACUCUGAGGUGGUGGCUUCGGACCGAGAUGCCCCCCUGCUUAGGAAGCUACGCAACAUUCAUAGUUUUGAGCUGGAGAGGAGGCUUGGCCUAGAGUCCAAGCCCAGUCCAGAGUGCUUCCUAGAGGCCUGCUCAGGGAAGCAGCAGCUUAGCACCCAGCACCAGGAGAAGGAGGCUGACAGGGCUGCAAUCAUCCCAGUAACUCAGGGUCCAGCUGUACCAGGCGGGGAGCGUCCUGACAGGAUCUGGCACUAUGAUGAGGAGUUCUUAUCUGGUGGUGGUUCUCCCAAGCCAGCAUCCUGUGGAUCUCUGGAGCAGGGAGAGGGGGCAGCCAUCAGCAGGGGCUUUGUGGCCCUCAAUCUGAGCUCUGGGAGGCAGGACAUUGAUUCAAGGGAGUGGGUGAUGGUGGAGCUGCCCAGUGGCUCUCCAGGAGCUAAGGCUACCACCAGCCCCUCGGAGGAGGAUGAGGAGCCAGAGGUGCUCCAGCCAGGGGAUCAGUCUCCUGGAUGGGAAAAGGGCAAUCCAAGCCGUCACUCUGGCAAAGCUAAACAAGAAAGCAUGACUUCCUCCAAGGGAAGUGCAAAAUUGGACAAGUUGGAGCUUAGCGUGGACCCUGGAGGGGCUCUGCCCCCCGUCACUCCUACCAGCCCAGCCGAAGCUCUGGCUGAGGGAGUUCUCACUCAGCUCCCCACCUCUCCUCCGUCCCUGCCUGAGGAGGUGGCGAUCCGGACAUCCAGCCCCAUCCCUCUGCGUUCUCCCAGCCCUCACACACUCCUGACCACCUUGUCGGACCCGUUGCACCUGCGCCAGCCGCCGGGCAUGAGGCGCAGCCUGUCGGCCGACCAGCAACAGCAGGAACGCCCCUCCUCAUCCUCCUCCUGCCACGCCUCCCUACCACUGCCACCAAACCCUGCCCCCGGCACCCGCUCACCCAGUCGCAGGAAACUGCCAGCCAUCCCGGCGGGUGCUGCCAACGCCAAGUUUCCCUCUGUCAUACGCAUCACUCGUGCCCAGCUCCAGCAGUUGACAGCUCAGCGUCCCUCUGGGCUGUCCUCCCAGUUAGGAUCGGACAGUGCUCCACAGUGCCUCCUGCUGGAGAGGCGUGGUGACGCUGAAGCUGAGUCUCAGCUGGUCCAGGAGCACACAGAGGACAUCAGCUCCCCCCAGGACAAUGUGCCCACCCAUCCAGGGACACCCACAGACCCCCUGGCUGAGAUGCAGGUCAAUGGAGACAUCCACACCAAAGCUCAAAGCCCAGCGUCAAACCGUGUGUCUUCCCCACGCUCCCCCCGUUCUCCACACACGCCUCCUUGGCGGUCGCCUUCCUCUCAAUGCCCUCCUGGCUCUCCAUGUUCUCCUGGCUCUCCACGCUCUCCUGGCUCUCCACGCUCUCCUGGCUCUCCACGCUCGCCACGCUCUCCAUGCUCUCCUCGCAGCCCUGUGUUUGCCAAUGGCCACCUCUCCCCUCCUGUUUACAGCCAAAGGGAUUUAACUAAUGGACCAUUCCCCAAGCUGAAAGACCCUGAAAAUGAUUCUGUCCCGACUCCCUGUGCCACAGAGCCUCAGCUAAGGGGGGAGGGGAGCAGAGCAGUAGACCAUGCCCCAGAUCAGACCAAUGGACCAGCCUCCGCGUCCCCGGCUGCCCCUCGUAAGGACCCUAGCCGGAGGCAAAGUCGCAUCCCAGUCCUGGAGCCCUCCAGCCUGCUGGAGCUCCCGCCUGCGGGGUCUGCUAAGGAGAAACUCCUGCAGAAGAAAGCUAACCACCAGGGCCCGGUCCCCUCUCCCACUGCCUCACCAUCCCUCUCUGAUAGACGUGGCCCCAUGGUGGCCUCCCUAGCUAGGGACCCGCUGUCCUCCACUUCUGACCGUUCUCAGGACGAGGACUCUCUUAUGGGCUCCCGAUCUGACCGCCAGGGAGAUGAUGCUCCUUCCCUAUCCUCCUCAUCCAGCCCUCUGUCCCGCAAGAGCAGGAUCCCCCGUCCGGUUCAUUCAGCUUCUUCCGCUGAGCAGCUGGCUGCCCAAUUCCUACCCCGCCCGCCCCCUGGAAAGCCACCUUGCCGCCCCACAGCGGAGGGCAGGCUCAGGCGUUACCGCAUCCGAGCUGGCAGCAACAGUGACUCAGACCUCCUGACAUGCCUUGCUCAGCUGAUGCAUGGUUCCCGUGGCUCCCCCCUUCACCAUCGCUCCACAGCCCAGCACGGGGUCUCCAGGACGGGCAUCUGCAGCCUGACAAGCUCUCCUCACCACCACCGCAGCUCCAGCGCCUCCCCGCGCAGCUCUUCCUCCCUGCAGCGCUCCGUCAGCUCCUCGCCCUCCCGCCACGAGCACCGUGGCGGCGGGGGAGGGGGUUGCCUGGGCCGCAGCCGCUCGCCUCCAAGCUUCUCUGGCUCGCCGCCUCCACGCCGCUUUUACACUCACCACCAGGAGACGUGCUGCAGCCGCCAAGCUCGCACGGGCCCCUUCCACCUGUCCAGGGGAAAAAGCUGUAGCCGAGAGGGCAAGUGCUCCAGCAAGCUGAGCAGAUAGUUGCCCACCAGGUUGUGCUGCAAUAGCAGAGAAUGGGAAGAUUCUGAGUCUUCCUGGGGUUAGUUAAAAGUUUCCCUUUUUUUGCCAUCAGUCUGAAACUUGUCUCACUGUUUCCCACUGUUCUCUGACUCCUUCAAUUUGUACACAGGGUUUGACAUUCAUUUAUGUGCCUAGCUAUAAAGGGGUACUCCAGCUAUUUAGUAUCAUACUUCCAGAAAGUUGACAUAAGAGACUUGAGAUAAAAAAAAAAUGAAUGAUUGAAAUCUGUGUUGCAGAAGCUGAGAUAUCCAGACUUUUAGUUCUUUAAAAUAAAAAGUGCUGAAAGUGACAUUUCCCACAAUGCAACUCAAUAGCAUAAGUGCCCAAUUUUUUCAUACCCCUCCGAAUUGUAAUGCAGACUUUCUGUUAAAAAGUCUCUGGCCUCACAGGCUGAAUGCAGCUGAGUAAACUACAGAAAGUGUGUAAAAUUGGCGGAGUGCCCCUUUAAGAGAACUUAUUAGACAAGCAAUGUUGACAUGUCAGGGUCCUCAUUUUAUUUAUAUUAUCAUGUUGUAGAGCAAAAGAGUUUAGCUGAUAAAUUAAAUGGUGAUUUCCCAAUGCAGGUAGUACUAUAAUAUGUAAAUCAAUAGAGAGCUGGACCAGUGGGCACAUAAAUAAAUCAUAUUCCUGUUUAUUCAUCCUCAUGCCAUGCAUCCUGCUACACAGCAUAAUAAAAUGUAUUUAUCCCCAGUAAUGAUGCACUUGGAUUAUACUGAUGGAAUAUCAGUACAGGUAAUCACAAUGUACGUAUAUAUUGGCCUGUGGUUGACUAAGUUAUCUCCUCUGCAUUCAGAGAUUGCUGGCAGGGUAUACUAUUUACCUUAUGCUAUAGGUGAAUGCAUAAAGCCAGAAUUUGUGUACAGUUGUAUUUAUUGAGAUAUUUAUUUUGAUGCUUAGCGAUGCUUACUACUCCUACCCUCUUCUGUGUGAUAGUGGAUGUAUGGUUUUGUGUCACUCAUAUUCGUUUUAACUGUUUAAAUCGAAGGGAUUACUCCAAAGGGACCCUUUUAAUACAAUCAAUCAUGUCAAGUGCUUGAGGACACACACCUUUUUGUGCCUACUGUGUUGCUAAGAGGGAAUCAGAAUGUCACACUGAUUACAGGUUAGAAUUGGGGUAGUGGUAGUUGUUCAGUAGCAGUAGUAAGCUUAAGCAACACAAGGUACAUUACUGAUGAGUAAUGUUCAGACACAGAUGUUUGUCUCAGCGUGUGCCUUGGCACUUUGGGCAGCUUGAGGAUUCGCUCUGUUUGUAAUUAGACAAAAAAAAGGAGCCAAGAACCUGUGCCAGCCGUUAAAAGACAACCCUUUUCACAAGUAUUCUUUUAGUGAAGAAAAGGUAGCAACACAAAUGUUUGUAAAUCAAACAUAAUUUGAGCAGUUUACUUAAGUAGCUAUUUUUUGUAAUGACACAAAGGAAGUAUUUCAAGUAAAAAACAGUCUUAGCUGUAUAUAUAUAUAUCAGGUCAGUGUUUGAGACAGAAAAUGUGAAUUUCAGACCUCAAAAACAUUUUGUCAAUGCUAUUAGAAAUGGAGGCCAUAUGUACAUAUAGUUCUCACACCAAAAUGAUGCUCCAUGCUUCCAUGUGCAAGAACGUUUUUUUUGUUUUGUUCCUCCUGCGCUGGAGAAUGUCUUUUAUAAAAUGACAUACAGUAUAUUUGUGCACAAGGGAAAGGAAUCAGAGUAUUGUUUGUGUUUGAUUUAGUUAGGAUUCCUCACUGAAACUCUUCUCCUCAACCUCCUCCCACUCCUCCGCUUGUAAGAUACUGUAAAAUAGCUUCAGCGUCCUUCCACUGCUCCUUUUUUGCAUGCUUAACAGUGAAAACAAACAAUCAACUACUGAGUAAAAAGCUGCGUACCACUUACCGUCACACGCCAUCUAUCUUGUGAAGAUUUUAACCCAGCAGUGACCUCAUUACCUUUUGAAUCUAUAUAUUUUCUUUCACUAUUCCUCCUCCCACCUGAUGUAUGACUAGUUUUUCUGCGCUUCCUGCACUGACUUGGGAUGACUGUGUUGCCGGAAUAUGAUAGACUGCGUUUUUUUUUAAGCAGUGCAACUAGCUGACAUGAUGCACAAAAGAAAUAACUGGAAAAAUAAACAGAGGGGAAUAGACUUUGCUGUGUUUAACACGCUUGUAGGAAACAAAACACGAGUUGAAAGGCAGUCAUAGCCUCUAGUAGGACAUGGCUGCACACAUCGACAAAG